GCAAACGGCGGACAGAGUAGAGCAAUGGUGCCACAAGACGCGCCCCGAGCCCCGCCGGGCGGCAGCCUCCUCCGCGUCCUCACGCACACCCAGAAUGCGAGCGCCGCGGCCUUUGGCCUGUUCAUGGGCAUACAUCUCGCGGCGCCCAUCGCGGCCGGUUUCGGGGGGACAAGUGCAGCCGACGGCGUCAUGCUCGUCGGCCGCGAGUACUACCUCUUCCUCGAGCCUUUAGCCGUCUACGCUCCACUCGGUUUGCACCUCACUGCCUCGCUGGCGAAGCGCGCUGUCCUCGUCUAUCGCACGCGGCGCUUCCACUGCACUGCGCAUACCGUUCUCGGCUACGUUCUCCUCCCCCUCCUCAUCCCACAUCUCAUUCUCCACCGCAUUCUCCCGUCGACUGAGGGGCCGCCAAUCAACGAGCUCUCGCCGAGUGAGAUGGGUUACGAGUUUGCUGGCUACGCAUGCGCCACGCGCAAGUGGAUGACUGCUGGCUACGUCGUGCUCACGGGCGUGGCGCUGUGGCAUGGCAUCGUGGGCGGGCUCAAGGUUUUGCAGUGGGCCAGAGGGUUGUGGAGGCGCGCUGAGGCGGUCAAGGACGCGGGGGAGAAGGUGCUGGAAAAGACGGCCGCCGAUACAAGCAAGGCGCACGAGAAAUCCGAUAAGAAGAGGCGGAGGAGAGCACACAUCUCGCAAACUGAGAAAUUGCGCGCUAUCCGCACCCUCGUCACUACCACCACUACGGCCGUAUGCGUCGGCCUCGUCCGAAUGACUGCCGACGCGCAGGGUUUGUCAUCAUUCACCGCGAGCCGCUAUGAUGCGGUGUUCGCAUCGGCGCCGUGGGUCGCCGCUGGAUUCCGCUAGCCUCCUUCAGGUUUUAUUAGCGCGACGCGCGUGUUUUACAUGUACAACCAUCCACCGCCGCUUUAACAACUACCUGCUUACCCCAUUGAAGCUACUAUGUCCCAGGGCCCUUCACAUUUGAGGAUCGUCGGUCCAUCACUUCCGCCAGCGCUUGCGCGGCGAUUUCCCCCGGAGUGAGGAGCUUCUCAGCCUCGGAUCAGCUCGUCUUCACUUGUCCCAGGCGCACCUUUUUGCGCAGGGCUUUCGUCUUCUCCUCG